AUGCCUGACAAGAAGGCGAAGUUGCCAGUAUCGGCUUCGAGCCCUAUGGUGACAUUCUACUUUGACAACGGUGUCACCAUGACCCUUCGUGGGAGUGGAACGGAGCCGAAACUGAAGUGGUAUGCUGAACUUAUUACAGACACGCCGUCGAGGGCAGGUGAACUGCCGUUAUUUGUUGACCGCGUCGUGGAGGCGCUCGUGCGGCCGUCUCACUACAAUUUCAUUAAGCGCUCAAACGUGUGA